GGCCUCGCAAGCUGAGCGCCAAGUUCCACAACCAGGAGGGAAAGAUAAGCGACGAUCGCUCCUUCCCGCACCUAAAUCAAAACUUCCCUCACCUGGGGCAGUAAAAUCCAGCCCCACUACACCAGAGGUCUCUCAGGAUAAUUCAGACUCGCCCCCAGUGUUCCCGACUGCGAAAGCGCCCUCUUUAAAAAGCCCUACUGCUGCAGAAGCCUUGUUUCUACAAUUGGGGUACCGGGUGGCAAUUGCUGGGGUCAAGGUCGGUGUACUGAGGUAUUAUGGGAAGGUACAUUUCGCCCAAGGUAUAUGGUGUGGGAUCGAACUAGAUGAGCCAGAAGGAAAACAUGACGGAGUCGUAGAUGAUACAAGAUACUUUCAAUGUGCUGAUUAUUGUGGCAUUUUUGCUCCCAGUCAUAAAGUUGACUUCAUAGGUGCACCUACUUCUAAAUCCAAAUCGAAACACAAGCACCAUAAAGAACACAGAUCCCACCCAAGGGAUACAAGUCCCGAGGUAGCAGAUCAAUUACAUCUAUCAAAACUAAAAAUCAGAAAAUCAGAUAUUGAGAAAUCAUUAGUAAUAUUACCCAAAGUUCAGGAGACUAGUCCAAGCGAAGUUACCUCCAAAUUGACAAUCAAAUCUCAGACAGUUGUGACUCAGAAAUCAGGAUUACCCCAAAUUAAACAAAAGUCACCAGAAUCUGGAUUAUUGGACAGUUCAAAGUCACAGGCGGUCUCGGGAAGUGUAGAAGACAAGAGACCUAGUCAGUCUAAACAAUCACGCUUAGUUAAACCCAAAGGGAUACCUCGUCCAAAAUCUCAAAUUGUAGCACCAGCACAAAAAUCACCUCUACAAUCUUCUCAAAAUCAGGGAGAAUCGGAUAUUACUAUACCGCCAUCUUGUGAAAAUACCAUACGAACAUCUCCCAGUGAAUUGAAUAAUAAUCGUAAUGAUGCAACAAUGAGUAAAACUGUCACUAAAUCGAAACCAACAACUUUGCCUCAACAUUUAAACCAAAAUCUUAAUGGAACAUUUACUUUGGACGAUAAAGAUGAUGCCCCAUGUGCUGAAUUUGAAGAACUAGUCUCGCCAACAAAAGCUGCACAAAAUCGUCAACUUACCCUCACAUAUGUUGGCGACUCAGGUGAUGACCUUGAUGACCCCAAAGAACCUCAUUCUGAAACAACGGAGCCUCAUUUUGAAUCCAAUAUGGAUAAAUCGCCUACUGAUUCAUUACUCCCUCGUAGGCAAGUUGACAAAAUCGCAAACAAUUUGAAUGCAACGUUUGACAAGGAUAGUGUAGUUGGAAAAGAUGCUUUGAUGGAAACUAGUCAUACUGAAGGUGAAAUGGCAGAGAGUGAUAUCGAAAGUGCAAAUAUUGAUGCAACAUCUGAUGAUGUUUUGCAAAAUGGAGUCGAGGCUAAAGGAAAUGAAACAUACUGUGAUGAAAAUGUAACAGAUUCACAAGAUAUGGAUAAAGUCAUGGAUUAUAGUCAGGAUACUGAGGAUAACGUCAAUGGAAUGGACCAAGCUAUGAAUACCACAUAUGAAUCAAAUCAGCAACAGUUUGAACCUCUUGUUGAACAUGAACACAAUGUUGUUACCAACUCUCAUCAAAGCAUCGUUUUAGAUGCUGAACACAAAGAGGCUGGACUUGGAAAUGGUACAAUUGAAUCAGAUAGUGAUGCAACAGGUGCUGCAACAAGGACCAGGAACGAGACAUCAGAUUCGAGCUUACUGGAGUGUUUGCAAUCGUCACAUCUGAUGAGUGAGAUAUCACGCCUUGGGAUCAUGCCACCAGAUGAGCUGGAGAGGACCAGAUUCUUGUUGGAGGGAGAAAUGGAAAAUGAUUCACAUGAUGUGAUCUCUCCCAAUGAGCUAAUGAUGCCAGACCACUUGCUAGAUGGCGAACUUGAAGAAAUAGAGCAACAAAAUGGUUUAGUUUAUGAGGAUCAGUUUAUUCAUGAUGACCAAGCUAAUUAUGAUGACCAUAUCACCAAACGUGAAGACCACCAUAUCAUUAGUGAUGAUUUUGCUGAUGACGAGGAGCCUAUCCCAGCUGAUGAUCUUGAUGGUACAUUUGACAUUGUCACAUCUACUCCUGCAGUACAUAAACACAAGCAACUACAGGAAAGUUACCAACGAAUGGAAAAUUCCCCUAUAAGCAUGGAAAGUUCCAUUGAACUCAUCGGAACUUCUUCCAUUCAUGGCAUAAAGGAAUUUAAUGAAACUUUCGAAAUCAAGAAGGAAAAUAUAACUUAUGUUCAAGAUAAGGAUUUGGAUCAUGACACACCACAUGGUGUUGAUCAUGACACGCCUGAUCUUGAUGCAAUGCAUGACAUCAGUGCCCCAAUAUGUGCAAUCGGGAAAGAGACAAUACAAAUGGAUACUACCACCACUGUGAUGAAUACAACAAACAUUCUAAUUGAGAAACAACAAAAUGUAACAAUAGAUUUAAAAAAUGGUGGCUCGUGUAAGGAAUUAGAAGAAAUUGAACUGUUGCACUCCAAAAAUGAAUCUUUAAUUGGUGAUUCGGAGAAAGAAUCAACAGAUUCAACUUUGAACACCAUAGAAGGAAAUCUCCAAGAACCUGGUGCUAUGACAAUAGAUAAUACAGACCUGAUUACUACAACAACAGAAGAAAGGGACCAUGUUGCCAUGGUGAGCAAGGAUGGAGACCAAGUUGCUAUGCCAACUGAUAAAGAUGAGGGAAUAUCAACUUCUAUGAUAUCAGAGUCGGAUGAGAAAAAUGUCUUCUCAGAGCAGGGUCCAGUUCUUAACAAAGAUCGGCCAAUAUCAAUCAUAUCAACGACCAGCACUGACACAGGUUACCAACCUGAUACAGACUCAGAGGUUGGCACCCUAAAUAUAGCAUCACCCUCAGAAUGGCAGGGUCGUCAAGGAAACAAGAAGCAUGUUGACGGGACUGAUACUGACAAACAACUUCAUGACGACACCCAGGGACAACCAAGUGUCAUUGAAUGUUAUGUAGCAUCUUUUCAACAAGCUGAUGAAGAUGGUGAGAAUGGGUCCGUUUGUGUUGAUCAGAAGGGGUCUGAGAGUGAAGACGAUACAACAAUUGCCAUGGACAGUGAGAUGGAGAAAAUGGAUCACAUGGAAGGAAUUCCACCGAUUCCCAGUGAUGAACUGACACUUCCGAAUCUAACUGAUGAUGUCGUUGAGGUUCCAACCAAUGAGAACCUUGAUGAUUGUAAGGAUGACCUACCAGUGAAACCGGAAGAAAAUCCAGGCGAAGAUGACAUGAACCAAUCUAAGGAUGACAUCUGUGGCACUGAGGUCAGAGGUCAUGAUGACACUGAUAAGGUCAGAGCUCUCGAUGACACCGAAGAGGUCCAAUCUCAUGAUGUCGCAGUAGUUAAAGGUCAUGAUGGCGCUGGGGUCAAAUCUCAUGAUGACACAGAGGUCAAAGAACAAGAUGACCUUGAUGUCAAAGAACAGAACCAUGAAAAUAUCAAAGAAGCUAAAGACAAAAAGCCAGAGAAAAAUGUAAAAACAUUGUCAAAAGGACUAGCAAAAACACCUCGAAAACUACCUAUUACAAAAUCAUCAGAGACAACUAAAUCAAAACUGGGAGACACUCCAAAGAGUAAAGUAUCUGAUAUUUCAAAAACAGAGCCUAAAAAAAUUGGUUCUAAUGUUAAACCUAAAAUAGGGGGUCUUACAAAGCCAGGUACAAGUAGCUUGUUAUCGAAGGCCCCUUCUAAGCAAACUAAGACACCUUCCACACUGAGGCAACCUAUAUCUGCAGCUCCUAGUAAAACCCCAGAUAAUAAAUCUAAAACUUCAGCUGUGAGUAAAAUAGAAACUAGGAGAUCAAUGACUGGACUGAAAGAUUUGAAUAAAAAGAACUUAAAUGAUAGCAAAAAAGAUACUCCUAAAAAGCCUUUAGAAAAAAUUGUUCCAAAAACAAAUACUGAAUUAAAAACACCAAGAUUGAAAACGAAUGUGAAACCAAAGACAGAUACUAUUCCUAAGGUAGAAAAGACCCCUCGAAGUAAUAGUAAACAAUCAGAUAAGACCCCUCGUAGUAGUCUACCCAAACCUCCAUUGAAUGACUCUAAAUCAAAAGUCACAACUUCAAGGAAAAGCACAACACUUGCCGAUAGGACAAAAAUGGCGGGAAAAACUGGGAAAGUUGCCAACAAAAAGCCGUCUGCUCAGAAGGAAAAUGAAAAAGAGGCUGGAAUGCUUGAGGUCCAGAUUGAUAUUGUCGAUGAUGACAAGCUUAAUAUCAGCAAAGGUAAAACAGGGUCAGUCCAUAGCAGUAGGUCAGAUAUCAGUGCCUUGACUGAGGAUACAAACAGGCCUGGAUCUAGGACAGGCUCUAGGAGCAGGCUAGACAAACAAUCUGACUCUAGUAGAAUGUCACUGUCCAAGAGAGUAUCAACCUCAUCCACCCGUCUUAGAAAAACUCCAAGUAACUCCAGUCUUCACUCGGAUAUAUCUCAGGAUUCAGAUAUAUCCACCGCGAGUCUUCCAUGUCCCUCCCUAAUUUCCGCCAUUCCUACGUUUAAACUACCAUGUAUACCUCCAUCUAUUGAGCAGAGCAAGAAUGAGAGGAAUCUAGCGGGAACGAAGACAGCCAUGUUGAAAAGGCGGAGCAUGAUUGAACCCCCCAAGUCAUCCACUUUACUCAAGAAAGAGAAAGAAACGCGGAGAACAUCACUGGCGACACCUAUGAAUAGGACAGGAAGCAAAACUAAAAAAGCAGAUGAGAAAACUGAGAAACCAACAUCAACACCAACCACACCUAAAAGGACAAUAGCUGGAAAAGACUUGAGUAAAGCCAAGACGAGCAAGAGUACCACUACACCAAGGAAAACCCCCCAAGAGCAACAACUAGAGACAAUCACUAACUCCCUGGCUAAAGCCACAGAAGAGGUGACCCGCCUGGAGGGUGUCUGCGAGGAACGUACUAAGGAAAUUGCCAAUAUAAGGAUGUUGUUAAAAGACAGUACCCUUGGCAUGGAUGCAUUUGGUGUGAUGGCUAAUUAUCUAACACAUGAGUUGGAUGCCUUCUCAUGUCCAGUGGUGAAGUCAAAGUUACAAGAAACCAAGCUUGAACUGGAAGAGGCCCACCAAGCUAUAGACACUAUCGCAGCUGAAAAACGUGAGCUACGUGAAGAGAUCACUAAGGUAAAGGAGGCUCAUGUAUCCCAGGUAACCACACUACAACAGGAGCAUAAACAAGCAUUACACAGCCUUGAGGAACGACUAAAGUUGGAAAAAGAGCAGGAAUUAGAAAAAGUGAUAGAGCAACAUUCAUUAGAAGUGAAGACAUUGAAACAGUACCACGAGAGAAAUGUGCACAAGUUGUCAGCGGAUCAUGAUAAAGCAGUUGAAGACCUCCAUAAACAACAUGCAUCUGAUAUAGAAAAUAUGAAACAUAAACAAGAAAAACAAAUUGCAGAACUACAGACAUUUCACGAAUGUAAGCUCAGAGAUAUCACUAACAGAUUUGAAGAUAUUAAAGUCUCUUUACUGGAAAAAGUGGAAGUGUUACGCAUAGACUGCGACCAAUCACGAGCCAGGGUCCUUGAAUGCCAGGAGGCAUUUGAACGUGACAGUGAUGCGAAGAUUAAAGUUGCACUUGCUCCUUACAAACAUCUCCCCCAGGAGAUUGAGAGCUUAAAGGCUGUGCUAGAUAUGAGAAAUCAGGAGAUACAUAAUCUAAGGUCCAAACAGAUGGAGUUGGAGAAAAAGUCUGAAGAGCUACUACUUGAACAGGAGAAGGUCAGGAACUUGAAACAGAAGAACGAAAACCUGGAGGCCAUCUUGAAUAUACGACAAGAAAAUGAAAAGCAAUUGUCCGACAAGCAUCAAGUUUUACUACGAAAAUAUGACAGAGAGGCAAAAGAGAAAAAACGCCUCUCGAUGAACAAUGAAGAACUGAUGUGGCGAUUGGAAACGAGUAGUUCGCCAACAGGAAGUGAAUGUGGAUCUCCAGACAUUAUACGACGUGAUAAAACACUCUCGCCAAAUCCUAACCGAAGUAGUCGACCUAUUUCUGGUGACUUUUCUGGAAUGGCUGUCCCACCGCGAUCUCCGACUCAGAAAAUUAUGAGGUCAAAUACAUUUGUUCUUGGCGAAUGUGAGUCAAAGAAAAAGAACCCAAACAAUAACAAUGGGACUUGAUAGAUGAUGAAACUUUUGUAGAAGUUAGUAUAAUUCCAGGGAUACAGGCUCCAUCGAGUUAACUGGUGAAUUCUGGGAUACAUCAACCUCUUGUACUAGUAACCAGUGAAUUCUGGGAUGUAUACUCUCAGGUUCAAUGUGAUCAUGAAUUGAAUUGCAUUAUUGGAUGUAUCUCCCUCCUGUGGUAAUCAUUUAUAAUGGUGCAUUGUGGGAAGGCCAGAGUGGGUUCAGCUAUCCCACAAGUAUUUGACCCAUCAAAUUUAGAUUUUUCAAGAUAUGGAAAUACAAAAUUCAAAUGUGCCACAAUAUUUUGCCUGUAUCAAAAUGGUAAUAUUGGCAAAACACUUGAAUGAUAUGAUUUUUAGGAGCUACCCAUUACCAACAAGUUGCAAUCUAUAAUGUGUUCUUUAACCAGUCUGAUCUCAAUACACAAAUAUUUAUAAAUUGUUGUUUUCAUGUUCCAUCUGUGAUUGUUUGAUGAAAUGUUAUUAAGUUAAGUUAAACUUGUUUUAUUUUUAUGUUACAUCCUUUGGAAAAAAGUCAUGUGAUCAAAUCUACAUUUUUAAUCAGAAAAUGAUUUGUGAUCAACAAAAUGUGAAGCUCAUCACUCAUCAGUGAAAUAGCAUCUUUGUUUAUUUGUCAAAUGACCAAGAAAUUUGGAAUAAUCGUGUACAGUAAAACCUGUUUAAGGGAACUGGUUGGGCCAGCACUUUGUGUUCAUAUUGAAGUGUUCACAUUGAGAUGUGUUCACAUUGAGAAGUGUUCACAUUAAUAGGUGUUCACAUUGAGAAGUGUUCACAUUCACAUUGAUGUGCUCACCUUGAGAGGUGCUGACAUU